AUGAAAAUCGAAGAACCGGUACUGGAGCGUCAUCCAUCGCCCGAUGAAGCGACGGUAGCCUCUUCCAUCGACCCAGUCAUGGAGAAAAGAGUCAUUGCCAAAUUCGACCGAUGGUUCCUACCGCAGAUUUUCAUCCUGAACCUCAUCGCCUAUCUUGAUCGAUCGAACGUUGGAAAUGCCAAGGUCUUUGGGUUUGCGGAGGACUUGCACUUGAAAGGCAAUGAAUUCUCGAACCUGGUCACCCUUUUCUAUGUCACAUACGUCGUCUUCGAAACACCAUGGGCAGCAUGUGUAAAGAGGUUUGGCGUCAACAAAGUCCUUGCUGUCGCAUUUGUAUGCUGGGGCAUCGUCACAUUGGGCAACGGUUUCGUUCAGAAUUAUUCCCAGGCCAUGGCAUGUAGACUCCUUCUCGGAGCCUUUGAGGCCGGUAUUUCACCAUCUAUUGCCUUCUUCAUUUCGACGGUGUAUCCCCGCAAAGAGCAGGCGAAGAGGAUGGCAAUGAUCUAUAUCUCAGCCGCUCUUUCGGGAGCCUUCGGUGGGCUAAUUGCAUAUGGCAUCCAGAAAAUGGGUGAGCAGCGAGGUCUGGCAGCGUGGCGAUGGCUUUUCAUUAUUGAAGGGGUCGUCACCAUUGUUGUUUGCGGCUGCUGCUGGUUUUCGCUUCCCACCACCGCGGAGGAUGCCUGGUUUCUUACGGAAGAGGAGAAAAGCAUGAUGCAGCUGCGGAAGAAGCUCGAACAUGUGUAUAAAGGCGAUGACAAAUUCGAGUGGCGCUAUGUCAGGAUGGCAACUGUUGAUCCUAUGGUCUGGUUGGCGGCAGUGAGUUUAUUCGGCGCUGGCGUUUGCCUCUUCGGCUUCGGAACAUUUCUCCCUUCUAUUCUCAAGGGCCAGGGAUAUACUUCAUUGCAAGCCAACUACUUGAGCAUUCCGGUUUAUAUCUGGGCAACGAUCGCCACCACAUUUGCCACAUGGCUGUCCGAUAGAUUGGGAAUGCGUGCCAUAGUAGCAUUCUUCGUUCCCUUACCGGUCAUCUGUGGUUAUGCCAUUGCAAUUGGGACAACGAAUCAUGGGGCUGGGUACUUUGCCAUGUACCUCGUUGGCACGCUGUAUGCUUACAACACGCUCUUGAUGAGCUGGUUGUCGAAUAACCUGAAGCCGGAUUACAAGCGAGCAGUUGGACUUGCGUUCUACCUGUCCUUCGGUAAUAUUUCUGGUGCUAUUGCAGGCCAGAUCUACGUUGCAGAUACAGCUCCAAGAUAUGUUUUGGGAAAUGCCGUAAGUCUUGGAAUGGAAGCCAUGGCAAUGGCAGGUAUUGUUGCCCUGUACGUGUUGUGGCGCUCUCGAGACAUGAAAAAACAGCAGCUUCUGGAUGAGGGUGUCACCGAUAAUGGCAAGGAGGGUGAUAGAGCCCUAGAUUUCAAGUAUAUCUUGUGA